AUGGAGAUCACGGAUGGCGCAGUCGCCACCAGGCGGCCGCUCAAGGACACACCCCGCCACCAGCUCACACGGGGCCUCAUGCGCACACUGAACGUCAUCAACGUGAACUACUACCGGAAACACAACCCCAAACCCACAGGUGUGCUGGCCAAGAAGAAGAAAAAGGUGCCGGCCAACUACAUCUUCUCCGAGGCUGGCGAGGAGACGUUCAACAACGGCCGCUACGUUGUGCGUGGUCGGAAACUUGGCGCGGGUUCGUUCGGUCAGGUAGUGGAGGCUCAGGACUUGUUGACCAAGCAGCUUGUGGCCAUAAAGGUUGUACAGAAGAAGCAGCAGUACACAGAGCAAGCCCAGACCGAGAUCAGCAUCCUGCAGCUGCUACAUUUGCCGCAGCAACACGACGCCACCAACCACAUCGUGAGACUGACGGAUACGUUCAUGCACCAAGGACAUCAGUGUUUGGUGUUUGAUCGUCUUGGACCAAACCUCUUUGACGUCCUUAGAGGGACAAAUUUUUUCGGAAUCAGUUUGAAGCUGCUGAGGAAAUUUACGCGGCAAAUUCUCAAGGCACUUGAGUACAUGCGGCAUCCGAAUGUCAAUGUGAUUCAUUGCGACUUGAAGCCCGAGAAUAUUCUACUGGUUUCACACGGCCAUAGCUCCUUGAAGCUCAUCGACUUUGGCAGCUCGUGUCUUUCUCGCAAUCAGAUUCACCGCUACACGCAGAGUCGCUUCUAUCGCGCCCCGGAAGUGCUACUGGGCAUGCGAUAUACAGCAGCGAUUGAUAUGUGGAGUCUUGGCUGCAUUUUGGUGGAGAUGCACACGGGUAAACCGCUAUUUUGUGGCUAUGACUCGGCGGACCAACUGCAUCGAAUCAUCAACGUUUUGGGAAUGCCGCCACGGGAUCUGAUCGCACGUGCCAAUCCCAGUUAUCGACGAGAAUACUUCGAUGAGAUUGUGAUGACUGAAGGCAAUAAUAAGUGGAUUGACUAUCGGCUCAAGGUGCACAAGGUUGUUCUACCCAAGGGAGUUGAUGUGACGUUAGCAGAGAUCCUUGCAAGUGCCAACAAAUAUGGCACGUUAAACCACAGCCCAGAGCAGUAUGGCGCGUUCCACGACCUCGUCAUGCGCAUGCUCGACUACAACCCCGACACGCGUAUCACGCCGACUGAAGCGAUGCAGCACCCGUUCUUGAUGAGUAUGCGGCAAAUGCAGCCAGAUGAAAUGAUGGAGGAGCCUGUAGCUCAGGGAAAGUUCAAGUACAUGCGAGCUUCCACAAUGCGCGAUGUACACGGACGCAAUGCAGAGACGCAGAUGCCUCCGCUGAAUCGGGCCAAGCAACGCCGCUUCCUCGACAAGUCACCACACGAGCGAUGA